AUGCGAGACUUGGAUUCCAAGCACCUCAUCACAGGAGAUUUCCUCGUCGUCAGCGGCGAUGUCAUCAGCAACCUGCCCAUCGAAGCCGCCCUGACAAAGCAUCGGGCUCGCCGUGAAGCCGACAAAAACGCGAUCAUGACUAUGGUUCUACGGGAAGCCGGACGAAACCAUCGCACCAAGUCCACCUCAAUCUCUCCAGUCUUUGUGAUCGACCCGACCAAAGACCGUUGCCUUCACUACGAAGAGAUCGACCACCAGUCCGAGGAAAGCCAUGCUCGUUUGAACAUCGAUGCCGAGAUUCUUCUGACACAUGCCGAGCUUGAUAUCCGGCAAGACUUGAUCGAUUGCAGCAUUGAUAUCUGCACACCAGACGUUCUGGGCCUCUGGUCUGAUAGUUUCGACUACCAAAGUCCGCGGAAGCAUUACCUGUUCGGUGUGCUGAAGGACUAUGAGCUGAACGGCAAAACAAUCCACACACACAUCAUCAAGGAUGCUUAUGCUGGUCGAGUCCGUAACUUGAAAGCAUAUGAUUCUAUCAGCAAGGACAUUAUCUCCCGUUGGACUUAUCCUCUGUGCCCCGACACCAACUUGCUUCCCGGGCACACUUAUGAUCUGCGUAAGGGCAGUUUGUACCAAGAGCAGGGCGUGUUUCUUGCCCGAUCCUGCGUUAUUGGGCGUCGCACGGUCAUUGGACGCGGCACUAGCAUCGGUGACCGAACAACAGUUCAUUCUACUACUCUGGGCCGCAACUGUAAGAUCGGACGAAAUGUUAGGCUGGAGGGAGCUUAUAUCUGGGACAAUGUUGUUGUCGGCGACGGUUCUGAUAUUCGUGGCGCGAUCAUCGCAGAUGGCGUCGUCAUUGGCAAGAAUUGUACCGUCGAGUCCGGCGCUCUCCUGUCAUACGGUGUCAAGAUUGCCGACAGCGUUAAGGUGGGCAGUGGAAAACGAAUCUCCAGAUCAAAGCGUGAUGGCAGCGCAGCUCCCACUGAGGUGAAGGUGGUCGGUGAAGGCGGAGAGGGAUAUGAGUUCAUCCAAGGCGAGUAUGAAGAUGAAGAUCCGGAUGACGUUAGUGUCGCAUCCUCUGGGCUCGGUAUGUUCGAAUUCUUUCCAGAUGGCAGUUAUAGAGACGGUGCUAACAAUUUCCUAGUGUAUCGCAUGCCGGGACUCUCGCUCUCCUCUGCCUCAAUCUCCACAUUGUCAUCCGAAUUAUCGGAAGGCUCCUGGGGACGGUCUGCCCGAAGCAGUUUCUCUGAUGGCACGGAGCGAGACGACAAUUUCAACGCCGAUGCAACAGGCAGUGUCCUUGAGAGUCUGCGUGAGGGUGUCUCUGCCGACGUGGUACAGCUGGAGCUGGUUAGUUUGCGUAUGACUGCCAAUGCCUCGGACACUCAGGUUCGCCGGGCGAUCGUCAGUUCAUUCAUGCAAUACAUUGAGGAGCUCAUGGCCAAGGGCAAUGGCGCCAGUCAAGCCAUCCACCAGGUCUUCUCGCAGUACACCGAGGUCGUGGACCGAACUUUGUUCGAUCGGAAUAAGGAUGACAAGAAAGAUCAGGUUGAUCUACUACUUCAGCUCCAGCAGGACUUGAUCAGUAGGGAGAAGGGUGAUACUGUCCUUCUGUUUACGGCGAAGGAGUUAUAUGAGCUUGAGCUGGUCGACGAAGAAGCAUACGAGCAGUGGUGGAAUGAUGAGCGGUCCAGUGAGAGCGAGGAGAUGAAGAAGGUGCGCGGUCAGGCACAGCAGUUUGUGCAAUGGUUGGCCGAUGCAGAGGAAGAAGAAAGCAGUGAGGAGGAAGAGAGCGACGAGGAGUAG